GCAGCAGCAAGAGUGAGUGAGUGAUUGCGUGCGUGUUGUCAGAGGUGCUACUGAUAGCACACUUGUGUUUGGAGCUUGGACUAUCAGCAACACACACACACGCACACACUUGUUGGAACAAAACAAUCUGAAACCUAGUGGCAAAGCCUACUAAGGGGAGUGACAGUAGCCAGUGGAGAAGUGAAAGUCAAAAGCGAAGUGAUCUCGUGACGAACUAAUAAUAUUAAUCAUUGUUGACGUGCGCACCGUGUCGUUGUAGAAGUUGUUGCGAUUGUGCGGUUGGUCUAGCGCCCCCCUCCCCCCUUUGUUUGGUAAAAUGUCGGUAAAAUCGAUCGCACCCCGGGUCGCACCAGCAUCAGCGUCGUCUUCGUUGUCGUCGUGCAGUGAGAUCAGCAUCGAGGAGCUACAUUCGCGAUCAUCUCCAGACUUUUCGUCGGAGUUUACGCUCGCGAACGUGAAACAGGAACCGGGUGUGGCGACGGGCACGGUGUCCCCGAUCCUCACGCCACCCCACACACCCACCGAAGACACGGUGCUGCAGCGGACGGGCUCACCACCACAGACGCAGCAGGCUCCACGCUUGCACGUCCUGCACGGCCAUCACUACCAUCCCUAUCAGUACGAGAUGGAGCGCUCGCGAACGAUCACCAGCAGCAGCCCCAACAGCACCGUCAUGCGCCAAGCACAGCAGCAGCAACAAGCCCUUCUCCAGCAGCAGCAGCAACAACAACAACAGACGCGAUCCCCAAUCCAGGAUACGCCGGCAGUGAGCGCAUUCGUGCCACAGCAGCCCUCGCAACGGUCGCAAAGGGUCGUGACUUCGCCGACGGCGAAUCCCAUCGAGGCCGCAUUCCUGUACCAGCAGCAGCAGCAACAGCAACAGCAACAGCAGCAGCAACGCUUGUGGCAGCAACAUUUGCAGCAAACCGGUUACCAUCCAGCGGCGGCAGCGGCGGCGGCCGCAGCAGCCGCCGUUACCGCAGCCAGCACCGGUGGUCUACCACCGAACGCGGCCGCGUACGCUCACCCACAUGCCGCCCUCAUGCAGCACUGGAUCCGUAAUGCGGCGCUCUACCAGCAACGGUUAGCCCCACCACCGCACGGUCAUCAUCAUGUCGGACCGGUCGGGCAUCCACAUCAUCCACAUCAUCCGCAUCAUCAUCAUCAUCAUCAUCCGCACCAUCCGCAUCCGUACGCAUUGCUCGGACGUCCACUCGGUGCCGCGAUGAAGCUACACGCCGGACAGGGUUCCGGUUCCAGCGGUUCCGGUAGUGGUGGUGGUGGUGGCAGUUCCCGUCCAAAGAAGCAGUUCAUCUGCAAGUACUGUAAUCGGCAGUUUACCAAAUCCUACAAUCUGCUCAUCCACGAGCGUACGCACACCGAUGAGCGGCCGUACUCGUGUGAUAUCUGCGGGAAGGCGUUCCGGCGGCAGGAUCAUCUGCGCGAUCACCGGUACAUCCACUCGAAGGAGAAACCGUUCAAGUGUUCCGACUGUGGUAAGGGCUUCUGCCAGUCGCGCACCCUCGCCGUCCAUAAGGUGACGCACCUGGAGGAGGCCCCGCACAAGUGUACCAUCUGCAAUCGGACGUUCAAUCAGCGCGCGAACCUCAAGACGCACAUGCAGAGCCAUGCGAUGGUUGCGGCAGGUCAGCAACAGCAGCAACAGCAGCAGCAGCACCAACAGCAUCACCAACAGCAACAAUCUGCUGAGCAGCAGCAACAGCAUCUACUACUGGCAGCGGCGAAUGGUGGCCUCCCGGGUAUGUUGGAGGGAGUAAGACACACGGUACACGGUGCGCCUGCCCUCGAUCUGUCACAAAAAUCCUCCAACAGCUCGACGGAAGGAGAGGAUGAGCUGGAUGAUGAGGACAAGGACAUCAUCGUCGAUGAUGAUUUCGAGGAUGAGGAGGAAGAGGAGGAGCGUCGCCGAAUGGCGGAGGAAGAGCUGGAUGAGGAGGAAGAGGACGACGAGGUAUUGGAGGAGGAAGAGGAUGAAGAGCUGGAGCUGGAGGAGGUCGACGAUGAGGUCGAUGAGCUGGAGCGUCGCGCCGGGAUGAUGGCCGAUGUGCGCCAGAUGUUGCUGCUGGAUGCCGGUCUGCAUCACUCGCAAAUGAUGGGCAAUCGGGAAUCUAGCACGACCUCACCGAGAUCGACCACGACGACGACAACGACGACGAUGACGACGACCGUCAUGACACCAUCGAAGGCAAGUGGAACCGCAUCGGAGUCACCGGAACCGAAAGUCCCGAAGCGAUCCCUCGGUUUCUCGAUCGAUGAGAUAAUGCAACGAUAAGCAGCGAUGGAAAGGAGGAUGAGAAGGUGGAAAACGGGAGGUUGUGUGAUGUUCCUUAUCGUUGAUGCUGUGUUCGCGGGUCGGUCAGGGUGUCGGUCCUUAAAGGUAGAGGGAAGGCGAAGUAGAAGAAGAUCGUGCCAAAUGAUGCAUUCCAAUGGCUUCGUUAGGUUAGGGUAAGGUCCUGUAGCGUUGAUUCCAGACCAAUUUCAGACGUUUAAGAGAGAGAAAGAGAGAGAGAAACAGAGAGAGACACAAGGAGAGAGAGAAAGAGGAAGAGAGUGAGCCAUAAUUACAACCAAACACAUGUAAUUUACCAUAAAACAAUCGAAUGAGGGCAGACACACAGAGCAUGCAGGGAGAGCGAACCAAAGAAGAGAAGGAAAAGAUAGAGAGAGAGAAAAAAAGAGAGAGAGAGAAGGAAAGAGGAAA